UAUAAGUAUUUCAAGUACAAUCAUUGUUUUUAGAUUAUUUAAUAACAAUCGGGAAGUAAUUCAUUUCAUAACAAUUCUCAGUAACACGAAAAGUGUAAACAGAUGUUAUUAAAAACAACUUAAUCCCACCGAGACGCAUUUUAUUAAGAUAAACAUGCAUUUCUACACUAUUUAGGCAUUAGAUAGACGACAACAAACACAAAUAUGGCUGACUAUCACAUCAGGGAAGCGGCUGAAUCGAUUCUGUGUAGUGUUUCAAGUCCACCAUAUAGACAUACAACUCAUUCUCAGUCCGUAAACCUGAUGUCUGAGGACCUGGUGGCGGGUUACAUGCCGCCCGGGAAGAUGUCUUCUGUACGCAGAUUCUUUUGUUUAUUCGUAACCUUCGACAUACUGUUCACGAGCCUGAUGUGGUUGAUAUGCGUCAUGAUGAAAGGCGAAUCGUUAAUACAGAUAUUCAACAGAGAAAUAAUCCAUUACGAUAUUAAAAUAUCUUUAUUCGACAUAGUUAUAGUCGCAGUACUGAGGUUUCUAUUGUUAAUAGUAUUUUAUGCCAUAGUAUAUAUUAAUAAUUGGAGUGUUAUUGCGCUCUCAACAAGCGGAACUUGUGCCUUUUUAAUAGGAAAAGUAUUUGUGUACGAUUGGCCGAAUGCAUCACAGCCAGUGUACCAAGUCUUCCUCAUACUGACCUCCUUCACCAUCGCUUGGGGUGAAGCAUGGUUUUUGGACUUUAGGGUCCUCCCGCAAGAGCUGCAAGCCAAGCAGAUCUUGGAGACAAUGGUUAGUCAAAGUACAGAGAGGACCCCUCUCUUGGGCCCACAGAGGCCUCACCGUGUCCAAUCAACGCACGGCGAGUCGACGGUCAAUUGGUUCUCUCCCGUCGAGACGCCGGAAUCGAGUCCCCGUCCAAAACGACCCGGUGACGUCAUACUCACACAAGAUCAGAUAGAUGAAUACAAGCAAAUGGCAGAGGAAGGCAUGCAGAACGCAUGGAGGACGAUCAACCUUCCAGACUGGAAGCUGGAGAAACGGGGCUCGCAGAAGGGCGACAUAGUCGAGUCAAAACAGUGCGAACAAUUCGGCAAAGUUUACAGAUUUACGGGUAUAGUCGACUGUCCGGCGAAGUACCUGUUUGAAGAAUUUAAAAAUAACAUCACAAAGUUACCCGAAUGGAACCCUACCAUAUUAAAGAGUGAAUUGAUUAAGGAGAUCGGCCCCGGCAUAGACCUGUCGUACCAAGUGACGGCGGGCGGCGGGCGCGGGAUCAUCGCCCCGCGGGACUUCGUCAUCCUGCGACGUCUGGCGCCGCUGGGGCCUGACGGACGGGUUGUGGAGGCUGGUGACGCGACCUGCUACAUCACUAGUGGGGUCAGCGUGGCCGUACCCGGGUACCCACCCGCCAGAGAUAUGGUCAGAGGUCACAAUAAAGUGGGCUGUUGGUGCCUCGCCCCCAAAGCCGUGGAGGAGGGCGGGAAGACUGUACAGCGCACCGUGUUCCAGUGGCUCAUGUGUUGUGAUCUUAAAGGUAAAAUACCUCAAUUCGUCCUGGACGCAGCGUUCGCAACUGUAAUGUUGGACUACAUAGUGCAUGUUAGGAAAUUCGCAGCGGAUAGCAAAGCAAAGGGUCUAUUUUAAUACGAGAAUUAUCUCAGACGCACAUACGCAACACAUACGGACGUACUAUCUUGAUUGGCAUUUUACUGGCACGAAUGG